GGCUCUUAACUUUCUGCCAAUCUAAAUCUUGGAUCUUCUGGUUCAUUUCGACUAAAAUGGCCACAUUCUCUGUACAAUAUCUCUUCAAAGAGCGUAAAUUCCCCUUCAUUUUCGCUCUCUCGCUUCUGCUUAUAACAGUUGCCGUUUUUGUCUUCACUGCCACCACCGGCCCCGCCUCUUCCCUCAUCUCCUACUACUUUCAACAACUCCCUCUAAUCCCAAACGCCACCAUUUCUCAGACACAAAUACCACCACCAUUUCCAUCUGGAAACGUCGUCGUUUCAACAACCAUCACUCGGACACAAACACCACCGCCACCUCCUCCAUUGGUUUCUAAAACCAUCACUGAAACAGAAGAACCACCACCACUUCCGUCUGAUAACCCCUCCCUUUCAACAGUCUUCCCUAAUGUCCCCACUUCAUUUACUGACAAUAGCACAAGUGACGGUAAUAAUACUGGCACUGUUACCGUCGGUCAAUCGGAUUUGGAUUUAAUAAAAUGGAACAUGUGUAGACCAGAGGCGGUGGAUUAUAUACCGUGUUUAGACAAUUAUCAGGCGAUUAAACAGUUACAGUCAAGGAAACGGAUGGAGCACCAUGAGAGACACUGCCCCAGCCCGAGUCCUAGAUGUUUGGUGCCAUUACCUUCCGGUUAUAAGCUUCCGGUUCCAUGGCCAAAGAGCAGGGACAUGAUUUGGUACAACAAUGUUCCACACCCUAAGCUUGUUGAUUACAAGAAAGACCAAAAUUGGGUGCGCAAGACUGAUGAUUAUUUUGUUUUUCCUGGGGGUGGUACUCAAUUCAAGCAAGGAGUUACUCACUACAUUGACUUUGUACAACAGACUUUUUCAACUAUUGAAUGGGGGAAGCAUGUACGAAUUGCUUUAGAUGUUGGUUGUGGUGUUGCAAGCUUUGGUGGCUAUUUGUUGGACAAAGAUGUCAUUACCAUGUCGUUUGCCCCAAAGGAUGAGCAUGAUGCCCAAAUACAAUUUGCUCUAGAGCGUGGCAUUCCUGCCACACUUUCUGUUAUUGGAACACAAAAGCUACCAUUUCCAGAUGAUGCAUAUGAUUUGAUUCAUUGUGCACGAUGCAGAGUUCAUUGGUAUGGAGAUGGUGGAUUACCACUAAUAGAGAUGAAUAGAAUUCUUAGGCCUGGGGGUUUUUUUGUUUGGUCUGCUACACCAGUUUAUCGUCAUGACGAAAGACAUCGUAAUGUUUGGGAGGCUAUGGUAAAUCUGACGGAAUCAAUGUGCUGGAAAGCUGUGGCUAGGGGUGUUGACAGAAGUAGAAUUGGACUUGUAGUAUUUCAGAAGCCUGUUUCAUAUUCCUGCUAUGAAAAACGGAGAGAAAAUUACCCUCCUUUAUGUGAUAAGAAAGAUGAAUUGAAUAGUUCAUGGUAUGCACCCCUUAGUAAUUGUCUUUCCAGACUUCCAGUUGAUGGCAAGGGAAAAUUUUUCAGAUGGCCUGCACCCUGGCCCCAAAGGCUUAGCAGCAAAUCUCCAAGACUUUUAUCUAAACUAAAUGCUGAGGAAACAUAUAUCAAGGAUAGUACACAUUGGUCAGCACUUGUCUCAGAUGUUUAUCUGCGGGGUUUAGCCAUAGAUUGGUCAAAUGUGCGGAAUGUAAUGGACAUGAAUGCCAGUUAUGGAGGAUUUGCUGCAGCACUAAUCGAUCAACCUUUAUGGGUGAUGAAUGUUGUCCCCAUUGAUGCUCAAGAUACUCUAUCCACCAUCUUUGAUAGGGGACUGAUUGGAAUCUAUCAUGACUGGUGUGAGUCUUUUAGCGUCUACCCUAGAACAUAUGAUCUACUACAUUCCAGUUUUCUCUUCAGAUCUCUAACACAAAGAUGUGACAUUAUCAGUGUAGCUGCAGAGAUGGAUCGAAUAUUGCGACCAGGUGGAUACCUUUUGGUUCAAGACACCAUGGACAUGAUUAACAAGCUUAGGCCAAUUUUUCUGUCACUUCAUUGGUCAGUGAAUGUUUCUCAAGACCAAUUUCUUGUUGGUAAGAAGGGUUUCUGGCGUCCAACAGAUGACGAGCCCAAAACCUGAAUGGCUUUAUGACAUUGCUUAUGAGCUCGGGAUAAUCCUUCAACACGUUGAGGUAAAACUACAGAGAAAUUAUCCCUUUCCUUAUCAAUGGUAAGAGUUCGCAAUUACAUAUAAAUUUGUGAUAUGCUCUCCCUGUAUUUUUUUUUUUUGGGACAAUUUGUAUGAAGAAAUAACAAAAUCCAUUUUUUAAAAAUAAUUUUUAGCAACGUCGUCGAGGAAUUACUGAAUUACUAU